AUGUUCUGGUGGCUGAAUCCCUUGCUGGCCCGCGGGGCCCGCGGGCUGUUGAAUGGCAGCCAUCUUUUCCCUAUUGAUUCCAACCUCUCGGCUGAAGCAGUGCAGGCCAAGUUCGAGUUGGAAUGGCUGUCGACUCUGAAGGAUCGCCAUGGAGGCCAACAUAAGCUACUGCUGACAACAUUGUCUUGCGUUCGACGAACUUUGAUGUGGACAGCAAUCCCCCGAAUUGGUCUCAUCGGUCUCAAGAUAGCGCAGCCGUUAUUUCUUAAUUGUGUCAUUCGAUAUCUCUCUGCUUCCACUAAAGACCAUGCUGUUGGAGGGGCGCUUGUUGGAGCUACAGUCUUGAUCUAUCUGGGAACGGCAGCCACGACGUCGCUAUAUAUGCAUGGGCUAAACCGUGCCAUCACUAUUGUUCGAAGCCUUUUGGUUACUGCCCUCUACGAGAAGAUACAACGACUGGACACUGUUACGGUGAAUAAUUCAGCUGCGCUAACGUUGAUGAGCACCGACACAGAAACCAUCUGCAACAGCUUGAUGCGAUUAGACGCCCUGUUCGCUUCGCCUAUCGAGGUCGGCCUUGCCAUAUUCUUCCUUGCACGACAAGUAAGUUGGGCAUGCUUUGCAUCGGUUGGAUGUGCCUUGGCAGCCGUGUCUCUCAGCUAUGUUGUAGCCGCCCGAUCACCUCCACGCCAGAGAAUAUGGAACCAGGCUGUCCAGGAGCGUAUCGCAAUCACUGCCUCUGUCUUCAAUUCAAUUAGGAGCAUCAAGUUGCUCGGUGCUUCUUCUUUAGUAGCACGGCGAAUAUGUGACCUCCGCAACGCCGAGCUUGAACGCGCUCAGGGGGCCCGCAUGCUUAUAAUGUGGAGAAAUGUUGUUGCAAAUAUACCACAGAUUGCUGGGCCUAUUUUAACAUUUACGAUUUUCACAAUGGUCUCCGGAAGUGGUGUGGUCACUUCAGCAAACUCCUUUACCGACCUCGCCCUGAUUGCUUUAGUCACUCAGCCUAUCCAAGUCUUUGUUCACGGAAUCACCCAGAUGGGAGUAGCUCUUGGUUGCUUCAAGCGAAUUCAGGACUAUCUUAUUUUGCCAGAAGUUACGGCCGGCCAAAUCUCUUACUCCAGUGACAAGCAUCAAGUACCAAUCAAACCGCUCUCACCGAGCAUGUUUGAGCUAGAAGCCCUCCCCGUGAAUGGCAAGUGUCUAUCAGUACAUAAUGCCACCUUCAAAUAUGCGGACUCCACCACACCGAUUUUGACGAACGUGACUGUCGAGAUACACUCCUCUACGCUGGCAAUUGUCACAGGGGCUACCGGCUCUGGAAAGUCUUCGCUACUCAAAAGCCUCAUAGGAGCAGUACCCUGCGUCGCGGGUUCUUACUCAAAGUCAGUGGCAAUAGCUUACUGUGCACAAGAGCCGUGGUUGCCAAGUGUUUCUGUUAGGGAAUGCGUGACUGGACCUUCCUACUUUGACGAGGAAUGGUAUACCACUGUUCUCCAUGCAUGUGCUCUCGACGAAGACAUCUCUGCUUUUUCCGAAGGAGACAGGACUUUUGUUGGCUCCGGUGGUACUUCACUAAGCGGUGGGCAGAAGCAGCGCUUGGCAAUAGCGAGGGCCAUAUACUCGCGCAGAAAGCUCCUAAUCCUCGACGAUGUACUCAGUGCAUUAGACGUUAUCACAGCCAAGAAGGUUUUUGAUCGCGCUUUUGGUCCUAAAGGAUUAUGCAAAGCCCACAAUGCCGCGGUGAUUCUUGCUUGCAGUGAUCCCAAGCGCAUCACUUCACCUGAUACGAUCAUAAACCUUCAAGAUGGCACAAUCACAUCAGGACCCCCAUCGGAAGUGCUUCAAGACAAGAUUAUUUCUAUACCGAGUGAGAGCGAAGUCAGACCCACCGAAGAACGAGCUCCUGUAACCACAGGGACGGAGAAAAGAUUGAUAGAGUCCCGCCACGACCUACCACGCCGACUCGGUGACUUUUCUGUCUACAAAUACUACGUAGAAUCAAUGGGCUGGAAAUCCUCCGCUUGCUUCCUAGGCCUCAUAGUCGUGCAGGUGUUCGGAUCGAAAUUCCCUACUCUAUGGCUCCAAUACUGGUCCGACCAUGACUUCAACUACUCCCUCGGUGUUUACCUUGGGGUGUACGGGAUUUGUGCUUUCAUCCAGCUAAUUGGCACCAUCCUCAGCAUCACAUUCCUCAUCAUCUUCCUCGUCGCGAAAAGCUCCCGCCGCUUACACACACAGCUCCUAACGGCUACCAUGAACGCUCGCUAUUCAUUCUUCACCGCGCACGAUAGUGGUACUAUCCUGAACAGAUUCAGCCAAGACCUUUCCCAAAUCGACAAUCAACUAUCGGGCGCACUUCUCAUGACGAUCUUCGGCGCUGGAACACUAAUCGCCGAAGUUAUGCUCAUCGCCGCAGGAAACAAAUACAUCGCUAUCACGGUGCCAUUCGUGAUUACUGUUUUCUACGCUCUGCAGAACUUUUACCUGCGGACUUCACGUCAGCUACGGUUCAUGGAACUCGAAGCACAGAGCCCGCUCUACACACACUUCCUUGAGACGGCCUCGGGCACGGACACCAUCCGUGCAUUUGGCUGGCAAGCCGCAUGGGCGGCGCAGUGUCGACAAUUGGUUGAUACAGCCAUCCAGCCGUAUUAUACAAUGUUCUGUAUCCAGCGUUGGCUGAACCUCGUCCUCGAUCUUAUGGCAGCUGGUCUGGCGAUAAUUGUUGUCACCGUGGCGGUUACGUUAGGUUCAUCGGUGCAUACUGGUGCGAUCGCAGUUUCUUUACUGAAUAUCUUGGGAUUCAGUAGCAGCUUAUCGUAUCUCAUUACUUCGUGGACACAAUUGGAGACGACUCUUGGCGCGAUCGCCCGCGUCAAGAGUUAUGAAGAGACUGUCCCGAGGGAAGAUGCCCAAAACAGUGAGCUUAUACAACAGCCUGCCCAGGACUGGCCAUCUCGCGGCUCGAUCAGGCUCGAUCACAUCUAUGCAAGCUACGACGCGCAACAGAGCCCUCAUCAAUGCAUUCUGCGCGAUGUUACUCUGUCGAUUUACGCCGGAGAAAAGAUAGCAGUCUGCGGUAGAAGCGGAAGUGGUAAAAGCUCGCUCAUCCUCCUUCUGUUUAGACUUCUUGAACCUAUCGCGGGCUCUGUGUUUGUCGACGAGAUGGAUCUGCGCGAUGUUCCCUGCGACGUUCUACGAGCCCGUCUUACAGUUAUACCCCAAGAUCCACUCAUCCUCCCAGGAACACUACGAUUCAACCUCGAUCCAAGCGGGGAACAAUUCUCUGACGAUGCAAUGCUCUCAGCUCUGGAUACUGUAGGUCUAGGGAGGGAACCAAGUACAGGACAGCCUUAUUCGCUAGACCUUGAAAUCAGUACUUCGACUUUCUCACGCGGCCAAUUCCAGCUGUUAAGUUUAGCGAGAGCGUUACUUCGGCAGAGAGAAACGAAGAUACUUGUUAUUGACGAAAUCAGUGGGAAUGUUGAUAUCGCUACAGAGCGGUUGAUGUUCCAGAUCAUCGGAGACUAUUUCGCACAUGCCACCGUCAUUGCAGUGACACAUCGGUUGAGAUGUAUUCGGGACUUUGAUCAAGUUGUGAUUAUGCAAAAUGGCUGUGUUGUGGAGACUGGGAAGCCGGGGGGUUUGCUUGUUGGGAGGAGUUUGUUCAAGCAAUUGUGGGACGAGCAGUGA